UUACUACGUGUCAAAUCUGUCACUGUCAGAGAAGUAAAGAGCGACAAGCGUUGCAUUUUGUAAUUUCCAAGUUUCUGUAAUUUUAACUUACAAAAUGACAUCAGUUACAUCUGUAAUUCCUAAGUUGUACCAGGAAUAUACAACCAAGACGCCUAAAAAGUUGAAAAUCAUUGACGCUUAUUUAUUAUACAUUUUUCUAACCGCUGUGAUUCAAUUCGUCUACUGCUGCCUUGUCGGCACUUUUCCAUUCAAUUCUUUCUUGAGCGGUUUUAUUUCUACAGUCAGCUCUUUUGUCCUCGCAGUCUGUCUUCGUUUGCAAGUGAAUCCAGAAAACAAGAAUGAGUUUCAAGGACUGAGUGCGGAGCGAGGAUUUGCAGACUUCAUAUUUGCCCACUUGGUGUUGCACAUUGUUGUUAUCAACUUUAUAGGUUAAAAUCUUUGUCUAAGUAACUGAGAAUGUUUAUAAAAUAAAAUUUAUCUAAUUUUGUCACUGUCACUAGUAUUGGUUGAUAGUUAUGUCAAACUGAAUGCAUAUGAAUUAAAUAUCAUUUAAAGACAA